AUGAAGGUCGGAAUCUACAUAGGAUCGACCGAAGAAGAUGAGGUUUUCUACAACGGGAAGUUGCACAGCGCCACUCGUGCCAACAACCUUCCCAAGCCUCCUCUCUCGGGGAACUGGGUGAAAAUAACUGCUUCGGCUACGGACACUUGCGGGCUACUGGUGUUCACUAUCACUGACAUCAUGAACGAAACAGAUACCCUGCCGCUGGUCACGCGAAAUUUAAAAGGACUUCUUAAAACGAAAGAUUCAAUAAUCGUGCUUCCUUCAUCAACCAUUUGGUCGCGACACUUUGGUCAAGUCGGGGAUAAGAUGAAAGCUGCAGCAACCCUGCAAAAGGAUCAAUCUUAUACAGCUUCUUUAACUUGGCUUUUAUUUUCAGGAACAAGGAGAAGAAGCUUUUUUGAAUUACUGAAGUCUUCUGAUGCCCAGUUGGACGCGCAAAAUGCUAUCUUCAAAAAGUAUGAAGCCGAAAACUUGGUGGGAGCUCGUGCAACAGUCUGCAGUAUUCAACAGCCUGCGGUGACGCCAGUUGAGGUAAAAAACAAGGAGAUUAACAUCAUGGUAGAGGAGGACGAAUGGGUGACUGGAGUGGUUGUGAAGCAUUCGGUCACGGGACGGGAUUUGGUUAUGUACAACGAAAAGUAUGGUGGAGUCAUCGUCAAGUACCAGCAACACACCGUGAUUACCAUCAAUCAAGAAGCUAUACGACCAACAGCGGGAAUGCUAGCGAGAUUUACGCUUAAGAAGGGCCGCUUUGAGUUUGAGCCAGAACCGCGAAAAGUCGAAAUGUACCAGUACCAGGCUGAAAAAGUCGACUACUUGGCAAAAGACAAGCUACAGAAGGUUGUUGAUCACCAAAACAGACGGACGAAUCACAAAAACGCGUGCACAUUAUUGGUGGACGCGAUGGCUCGUUAUGACGGGGUACAUUUUGUGGUCUACACGAAGGGACCACCAAAGGAGCGCUUGUUGACCGCAAUCGAUCCCCACAGAUGUGUUCAAGAACCCGAUCGUCGCACGGAGUACAUCCUCCGAUUGGCAUGUUUCUAUCGGGAUGGGACUCUUAUGUGGAAAGUGAUCAGUAUGCUUAAGAUUCUGUCACAAAACGCGGCUUUAUUGGAACGAGUAAUUGAAUUUGUCGCUGAGGUUCGCGAAGAACCCGCUAAAAGCGGCCAAAUGGAAGCAAGAGCCAAUCUCCGAUCAUCACUUCAAGAAAUUGGAUUGAAUGCUCCAAUGGCUCUGUCGCAACGUUUUGCUGGACCAAACAUCGAAAUCCAACGACCCACACAAGCCACAAAAGUGACCGAGGAAAGGAGAAGCUUAUCUAAUGAGCAACGUCGACCCGGCGUUGAAAUUCUCAAGCCGGCCUAUGUAAGCGAGAAAUGGAAGCAUCAUAAAAGUGAGGAAGGAUGGCAUUAUGGCUGGUGCUACAUCUUCUACGAUCGAGACAAUAAGCAAGAGCAACUAAAAGUGGUUUCAACGUCUAAUCAGCGCUUCAUGGCCAGCUAUUCUAUCCGCGAGAAGAACAAGGUGAUGGGGCAUUGGAUCGAGUUUAAAGAAAGGGAUCGAUUCGCCGAGCAAAUGACGGUGUUGGAAAGAAAAGAUUUCCCAAAAUGCCGACUUAUGCUGAAACGUACAGAGAUAGAGUUAGAGCUCACCUAUAGAGGCGACGGAAAAAAGCAUCUGUUCAAAAAUGAUCUGAUUGGUGAUGUAAUUCUUCCGGAUUUCGGAGGGAAGUACACGGACGGCGCGACUUAUUUGCUUUGGUUUCUAGUCGAUGCCAAAAUGUAUCCCGCGCGAAGCGAGUUCCCUCGCAUCAAAAAUGUGAUGACCGACUGCCAGUGGGGAACGGGCGAAUAUUCUGAUUCGGAAGACACGAGCGAAUAUUCCGAUUGGAAGACACGAGCGAUGAGA